AUGGCUGUGGCACCUCGGGCCCCCGGGCUUUUACUGCCCUUGGUGCUCGCCCUGCUCAGCCUGACGCCGGCGCCCACUCUGGGAGGCUGCCCAGCGGCUUGCCGUUGCUCUUUCGCCAUGCUGCAGUGCCUGGAGCCCAAUGGGAUCGCCAGCAUCCCGGCGCUGGCGCCGCAAGAGAGCGAGAACGUGACGGAGAUGUGAGUAUGAGGAGACACCUGCUCCGCAUGAGUAUCAGGAACCUUUAAAGAUGAUCCGACAGGCUGGUUUCUCUCACUAUUUGUCUCGUCUGGCACUUUUGGUUGAUGUUGAAAACUUUGGAGAGUCUCAGUUGCAGAGUUUUGAUUUUCUUCUGGACUUUUUCUUGCUAAGAUCAAGUUUAAUUUUGGAGUUUCGGGUUAGGAAAACAUUUACACCAAAUCUUCUCUUCAGUAGUUUCAGUGAGACGGUUAAAAAUGUGUAAAAAAACCUUGUUUGGUUUCUGGCCGAGUGAUGGAGAUAAAAAGUUUGGGAGUUGUUCCAUCGACUAAAUCCAUCAUGGUUGUUUUCCGUUGAUUCGUCCUCCAACAACAGGUGCUUUGCUGCAUGCUCUGAGGUGACAGGUGUCCAGACUUUCUUACUCAUUUUCCUCUCAGUUGUUCGUUUGUUUGUUUGUUUUCGUGUGUCCACUCUUCUUCACUGAGAGAUAAUAACAGCGUCCAGAAAAGCAGCUAAAGAAAAGUCCUGAACACUGAUUUGAGGGGGACUGUGGAGAGUUUGUUCUUGGGGACUCAGCUCCAGAUUCUGCUCGGCGUAAAGUAAAUCUGCAGCUAUUAAAGACUCAUCAGUGUGGCAGUAAUUUACUCACUUUGGUCACUGGAAGUUAAUUAAAGCAGGAUGGUUGAAUCGGUUUCCAAUGAUACUGGACGUCUAUCACGGUUGUAGUGCAGCAGAGCGGACGAUUCAAGUUUUACUCUUAUGUCUGCUAAACUUUUAAAAAGCCACAAAAGGGUGGAGUUGAUGUUGCUUUGCUCUCCAUGUUGUUUCAUAUCUUAUAUUUAAUAUUUAUCUUUCUGAGUUGCUGUCUUGCACUAAUAUUUGUGGAUACGGUCGUGAACUUAAAGAUGGUUGGUUUUAAAGAUGUUUUGGUUGCAGAGUUAGUAAACAGCCCUAAGAAGAAUUUCCCAUUUGUGGUGCGAUGAUAAAGUCAACCUUAUCUCAUCUUUAACUUUUACAUGUGAGAAUAUUACACCAGCAUGUUUUUUUUUUACACAUUUCUGGUUCAAGAUUCGAAUCAUAUCUUGCAGAAACUGUUUGUUAAACAAACUCACUUUUACCACGUCUGUUGCUUCGAUUGUUUUUGAUAUAUUUGAUGUUGAAAUCAAACCUUCACUUUUGUCUUUACCAUAAGUUUGAGUGUCCCUGAAUCUACUCAUAGCCAUGCACCUCCUACAAAUGCAGACCUCAAACCCUGAGACUGCUCUGCUGGCUGGCUGGGUGGGGUCAUAUUCCCUGAAGAUUAUUUCAAAUCCUCUGAUGUUUCCGCUCUUUUCUUCGUUGCAGUAAAUGCACAACAAUCUGCUGCUUAACGUUUACCAACUUUAACAAAAUCCGCUCACAAACGAGCAGAAAAAGAAGCCGAACCAGAGACGAGCAGAGAGCAGCACUGCCAACUAGGGAUUAGGAGGAGUUUUACGAAGGAAUGUAGACGCUGUGAAACACAAGAAUAGAGCAAAGCAGUUGGGGCAACUAAGACAUGAGUUACUACGUCAUACCUACAGAGUAAAAACCCUUUUUCAGUAAUAUUUUAAUCUGCAAAAGGUGAUUUCUGGGCUCCAGUGAGAAGAUAAACAGAAAUCAUCUGCAGACACUGCAGGCAGUCUGACAAAAUCUAGAGAUGGGAAGUACGGCUCUUUUUAGUGAGUCAGACCAUUCGGCUCAGCUCACCAGGAAGAGCCGGUUCUUUCGGCUCCCAAACGGUUCUUCCUUUUACCACUUAAACAUUUUCUAUUACAGCCAAAUUUAACGUUGUUUGGCUUAUGAUAUAUACGUAUGCAUGCACUCUUAAACAAUUCAACAUCCAAAAAAUGGCUCACAGACAGGAAGAACUGGUUUGUUCAGGACCAACACAUCACUGACAAAAUCAACUUCCCAUUAAAUGAAAACAAGUUUUUCCCAAUCUGAAUAUUCAAAAUCCAACUGUAACAUGUUUCUGUCUCAGAUUAUCAUAUAAAUCAGAUUGUGCAGAGUUGGAUUGUCAUAUUUUAUUAAUAUGUUCCAUAUGUAAGUGCAAACACAGGAAGCCCAAGUCCACGGGGCAAAAAUACAGAAAAUAUAUUAGAUAUACAAAAAGUCUAGAAGUAGAAGAGUGAACCCUCAUGUCAACUGUGUUUUUAAACGCUCACAUACACAUGCAUACAAAGCGACAAGAGAAUGAUUUAGUGUACAUAUUUACAUAUGAUCUGAAGUGCAGGUGGUGGAUGUAAUCUGCUCUGAUGUAAAGAGGAUGUAAACAGUAAGUAUCCAAGUAAAGAGUGGAGCUGUACUGCAAAAUAAUGAAAUUUACGACAAUAACUGGCGUCAUUUUGCUCAAAUCGUGGUCAAAAAAAUAAAUAAAUCAAAGUUGUUUUUGGAUGUGUGUAGGUAGGCUAUGGUCUCAUGUCCCUUUAAGACGCUGUCCUACAUCAGAGAUGUGACUCCACCCCAUACAGUCUGUAACAAAGAGGGAAAGACAGGUGAGGAGAUGGAGGACGGAGAGAAAGUUAGGGCGGGGGUGAGCAGCUUGUGGAGUAGUUAUCGUCCAUUUAUCGUUAUCGAGGUGAACUGAUCAAUAUAUCGUGAUAUUGAUUUGAGGCCGUAUCGCCCAGCCCUAGUGCAAAGAAAAGAUUAUACGAUGCAAAAUACAGAACCGGGUGAUUCUGAAACAGUAGCAGCAGAGUCGACCCCUCUCCUUUAAUAUCGCUCAGCCCUGUUUUUUGUUUGUCUGCUCAUGGCGUUGAUUUUAACAACUCCAACUCCUGUGACGGCUGCAUCCUGGCCAGCACAAACACCACCUCAUGGACUCACAUGUUUAAGUUACGGACGACCUGAGGCAAUUAUUUUUCCAGUUUUUGAGCCUCGGGUUGAAAUUCCAUUUCUGAUGAGCACUGACCUGUGUGUACCUCUGAGGCUGAUCUGACCGAGUCCAUGUGUCCUCUUGGGUUCAAGUGGCGCUCGGAGAAUGAAACGGAGGAAGCGGCUGAGGAUGUGGAGUCCAUGCUGGGGUUUAUAGGCCACUUUCAUCACAGCCGCACAUGUCAGACUUUUGAUUGAAACACCUUUAUGGGCAUGCAAACCCAGGAGGGGGGGAAAGAGCCGGAAUUAAACUCGUCUAAUUCUUUGCUUGAGUAAGACUUCUCGCUCGGGUGCAGCACGCCGGCAGCAGAUGACUGUUAUUUAAGGCUGGCUUUUUGAAACUUUGCAUGGAAAAAGAAGUAGAAACUGACCACCUGUGAUUUAAAGAGGGCUGCUGUAUUAUUAUGCAACCCACCAUCAGUUCCAACAUGGAAAAGUAAAUGUCACUCUCCGCACCACCAUGCUGUUCUCUCUUUGUUCCUGGCCCUGAAUCUGAGCAAUUAGCACUUGUUAAGAGGGAGCUACAUUUGUUCAAACGCUAUUUCAGGGGAGCAAGUCAAUUUACCGCCGCUUUCCUGCCUCUAUAGACCUAUACCCCUGUUUUCUCCUCCUCUGUCUCUCUUUUUUCUCUCUCUCUCUCUCUGUAGCUCAGGAGUAUUUCCUUGUAUCUGCAGCUCGACAUGUUUCGUAGAGCUCAGGGUGAGGCUCGACAUUCUCCCUGAGCCGCUCAAUCAAUAAAUAAGCGGGACCUUCUCUGCCUCUGUUUACCGCGCUGCUCUACAUGCCAGCAAACAACAACACUCUGCCAUAUUGGCCAUGCGAGGAAAUACAGCCGAUACGUGGAACAAACAAGGAGCCAUUAAGCGUGGAACAGGGCCCGAAAUUCAUCAUACGCCGAGUUAUAAAUUCAAUUUUGUGAAUUGCCAGUCAAUGCCCCCACCCGGGGAACAAUAGAUGAUAUACAACCCACUUGGCUCAAUCCAAUAAGUAAGGGCAAUGGGUGAUCCUGGGCCCACCUGCCUUGUAAUCACAUUAUUGCUGUGUGGGUCAAUCAGACAUGAAUAAAAAGGUUUGUGUGCUGCAGCUGACAAACAGAGAAGUGGAUGGUUGAAACAAUGCCACAUGCUGAAGGAGGCUGUCAUCGACGGGGAAAUACAGCAGGCACUUUCUGACAGAGACACACCUCAACACUGUAUCACCGGAGUCACAUAAAUCUAUAUAAUAAAGACCCCAAUUCAGGAUUACUGAAAAAUUCUCAGCAGCCGAUCAGGAGCUGCAGAUGAUGGAUUUUUCCGAUGAAAAUGACCCACAGAAACCAUUAAAAAACGCCAUACUCCUAAUGUCGCCUCUUUCAUGACCCCCCUAGAAAAACAAUUUGGAUGUCUGCGGUCUCCGGUGCUUGCCUCUGAGUUGCUCGUGUCUGCUUUAAAAGCACAUUUUCGCCACUUUAAAAAAUGUCACAGUCGCCCCAAAAGCCUUGAAUCACAGUCACUCGCUCCUGAGCGUACGCUGAGUACCCCGACUUCACCUCGUGAGCGAGAGGUUGGUUAGUGAAAUGGUUGGUGGUGUGGUGGUCGGUGAGUAAGUGAGUGAAUAAGUGAGUGUUUAAAAGAGUGAGUGGUUGAUUUGGUUUGUAGGUUAGUGACUGAAUCGAGUGGUUGGUUGGUUUUUUUGGCUGGUGGUUGGAUGAUGGGAGGAAAGUUGACCGGGUUGGUUGAUGGUGAAUAAGGAGGUUAAACUCUGUUGGUCUGUGUCAGCUGGUUGGUUAGUUGGUUGGUUCAAAGGUUUGUUGGUUGACUAUGUAUCCAAUGGUUUGUGUGUCGAAUUGUAGGAGACAGUUGAUUGGUUGAUUAACUGAUUAAGUAAGUUAGCUAGCAUGAGUCAGUAGCUGCGUUUACAGGCAACAUUUUCCUCAAAAUGAUUGAAAAUAAUCGCAAUGAGUUAGUCUGAUGAGACCUGUAUACAAGGGGUGGGAAUCACUACUGGCCCCACGAUACGAUAUUAUCACGAUACUUCGGCCACGAUACGAUAUUAUUGAGAUUUUUAACAUUUUUUUAACUGUUAAUCUAAUUUAGCGUUUGUCUUUCCUUUAUGUUUGUCUUAUUUAUGCUGUAUUUUAUUUUCAUGUUGCACAUCUUCCAAACCUAAUAUACAUAUAUACAUAUAUAUAUAUAUAUAUAUAUAUAUAUAUAUAUAUAUAUAUAUAUAUUUUUUUUUUUUGUACUAACUUCCUCCUGCUCUAUGGUGUCCCCUCUGUCAACCUCACUGGACAAACAGUUGAUUUUACUUUUCCAUUAUCAUAGAUUUGACUUUAUAUUAGCGAUUAAUUUGAAAAAAUCGAUACUUGGUAAAUGAGACGCAUAAAAUAAAGCGAUCCAUGUUUAGUUCUUGUUUACGCGGACCCUUCAGGUAACAUUCAUGUUUAAUCUGACUAUGUAAUAUUAUAAUUAAAUAAGUAGAAGUAGCACACCUUUAACAGUCCUCUCAGUGAACGCAGGGUUUGUCUGACCUUUUGAGUUGUCUUUACAUAUUUUUUAACGUUUAGUUGGCGAUGCUAAAUCUUUAAUACCCGUCACUAAAAACAAGUAUUUUUGGGAAAUAAUUGGGUAAAAAAGAGACAGCAAUGGCAGAAACAAUCGAACCACAUUGAGGUACUCUUGAUAAAAGUAGCCAUACAAAUUCAACCUCUAUCUGCCGUGUCUGACCUCCUUGGCAUCCUCCUAAAUAAACACACAACAUAACAAAGCCGGCCAAGAGGGUCCACAAACCGCAAAGCUCACAUAAGAGCUUAAUCCACCGCUCACGUGGAAAAAAUAAUACCUUGAGAGAUGCCGGGUAGAGGAGGCUGAUGGAAAGUAUUUUCCAGACACAGCUUACCUCAGAAUUAUUAGUGAGCUGUGGAUCAAUUCAGCACUCAAUACAAGGACAGCGAGCUCUUUUCAUGAGAUGUUUGAAUAGACGGUUGGAUUGGACCUACCAAGGAUCCUGCAGGAGCAAACUGUCCAGCCUAUUCUCUGCCCUGCUUCACCUCCUACUGCCACAUACAUACAGUACAUCUGUUGUCCAUUUUGCUCAGGAGGGCACUUCUGUGACUCAAUACAAAUAAUAAGGGCUGUUUUGAAUGCAAAGGUCUUCAGUCGUCUCUGAAAACAUCCCAAUAUCCUUGGGAAAGCCUUUCUUUCGAUAAAACUGAACCCCCGUGACUACAAAUAAAGAAGUUUUCCUUUAUUUUUUUACUGAUGCCUCUUUCUAAUGCAGCUAACUGUGUCCACUUUCAAUGAAGAGUGCUUGAUGCUGCUGCUGCAUCAAACCAAGGCUGUAACAUACAUCGUAGCUCCAUGUAGCCUUGCAGACGCAAACAUGUGGAAACAUCGUAUCCCUGCUGUCUCCCAGAUGUCCUCCGAUGUCUUUCCUCUUUUCUGCUAUGCAGUAACUGAAACAUGAUCAACAUAUAUCAGCUUCAACUCAAACAUAAAUGUUCAGUCGUCAUGGUUUACAGCAUACAAACAAAGAGGGAAUUUAGCUGGACCAGACACUUGAGAUAUUAUGAGCGUAGAUGCUGCACUGCUGACUAAGACACGCCAGCGCAGAAAUAUAUAGUCCUCAUGAUGGCGUAGGAAUCCAUUGGACAUGUCCUCUUUUUUGGGGGCUGUCUGUCCUUGUCCAGGAGAGAUUAUAAAACCCUUCAAAUGUCCGAGGUGUUGUAUGGAAGUUUCGAGUUUGUGUCACGUGGACUUACUGAGUUAGAAGCGCAUAAAAGACACUUGAUCUGACCUGAAAAACUCAAAAUUAACUUUGUUAUAUUCCGUGACUCCGCCCCCGCGUAGACGUGUCCUCUAUUUGGGGAUUCAGGAUAUGGUCACUUAAGGCCAAUGGCUUUUCUUUUUCAAAUGUAAAAACGAAAAUGAGGAGACGAGCUGUCUCUUAAAGACCAGUAAGGAAUCGGGAGACGAAAAAUGGAAAACGUUUUUCGUUUUGAUCAUAAAAAUCGGAGAAUAAAAAAACAACUCAGUAUUUGAAUUUCUGUGAUGUGGCUUUAAAUGGAAAUCGGGGAUCAAAAUACGUGCGCAGAAAUCUUGUUUUUCAAGUUUUGUUCACUUUUUUGUUGUGUCCUGGAAGUUGUGACUUGGAGCGAGACUUAGGAGUGGGAAAGUUGCCCCCGCCAAGAUGGCUGCCACGUAGGCAAGUCGCAAAUAUCUAUAUACAUAUCUGUGCUAACGAGAGCCAAAGUCUCGCACAAUUUUCGUUUUUUCAUUUGAAAACGAAAAUCCGUUAGCGGCCAAGUACACGGACCCUGAAAGCACAAACUCAUUUAUAACUAAAUCAUGAUUUCCCAAACCCAUUACAUUGUUUUGGUGCCUUAAAAGCUUUAGUAUGUUGACAUGAGGACCAAAAUAGAAAAGUGGACUCUAGUUUGGACAUUAAAUUCUGAAUAUUUAAAAGUCUUGUGAGUUCUACCAUCCAUCUAAGUUGAACAAUGACAAACAAAACUGCUUAUAAACUCCCCCUCAGUGGUAUUUUGUGUGUCCCCGGUCAAGGAAACCAUGUGCAUGUUUUGUCCAUUUCUAAAUGUUUUGUAUCUUUUAUUUCCUGUUAUUUUUAUUUAGUGUGGGCUCGGUUGGUAAUCAUCGCAACAAAAGGCUGCGGGUUGCAGCAAAAUAUGUUUACCUUCAACUUUUCAUCCUUCUUUCUUUUCUCUUUUCAUUUACCAGCUACAUAGAAAACCAAGCCGGCCUGGAGAACAUAACAGAAAUUGAUCUUGUUCACUACAGAGAGCUGAGGAACCUGUGAGUAACACUUCUUUCUUUCAACCUUGACGACGUACUGUAAAACCACAACAAGUGUGAAGGUUCUUCUUUGUGUCACAAGCUUAAUAAAGGAAAAAACAUGAGCUUUGAAGACACUGAGGUGUUAAACCUGGAGAGAAGAUACUCAAGAUGUUUUUCUUUAAAGCCUCAUUGUCUGCAAAACAAGAAGAAUCACCUUGUGUUCAGUGUCUGAGAAAAGAGAAUGAGCUACUCAGGCCAAAAAUCUUGAUCUUUGAUAAUCAUAUUGAAUCAUGCAGAAAAAUUUAGCUUUUUACAAUGGGUGUGAAUGUGAUUUUGGGGAUUUUAAAGCCAGCCCCAAGUGGAUAGUCAAGGAACUGCAGUUUUUCGCACUUCUGCAUCAGCUUCGUUUCGUGAGAGUUGAAGUUGCUCCUUUAUUUACACCUGAGAUGGCAAAUUUGACUGUUUUUUUUUUUAGUUCCUGUUAGAUAAUUUAUUAAGCUAUGAUGUUGUCUCUGCAUGACAACCAGAUUACAGGUUAAAACACUUCUUAUGAUUAAGAAAAUAAUGAUGUCACUUCGCUAACUUGACUCAUUUUGGCUGCUUAAUUUACAUUAUUAGAAAAACCGGUGAAAGGUUCAGAAAAUAAGUUCUUAAAUUUGGUGUUUGUUGCUGCUGCAGCAUUAAUUUACCCUUCUAUUCUUUACACACACAAAAAAACACGUCAAACAGCUUUUCCUUUGAUGACACAGUUAAUUAAAACUCCUGUGAGGAACUAUCUGCUAGUGUUGACUUUGGCGCCCCCUGUGGACAAAAGAGGAACCUUUAUAAUGUUGCAAAAUUCAUGUCCUCCAUAUGAAGGGGUGUUAACAGACUCCUGUUGUGCUUUUAUAGUUGAUUUUAUCACUCACAGUAAAUUUUUGCUGUGGGGGAAGUUAGAAAAGCUGUUUCUUCAGGGACAACUUCUAAAAUAACACCCUAGAAACGGUCACUUUUAUCAUUUAUGAUCUGAUUUAGUUUCUUACGGCACAGAAACACAAAAAUGUUGCCAAUAGUCAUGGCACUUAGCAGUUUUAGUUGUUGUUGAAUUUAUUUCUCUGACUUGCUCUUCUAUUUUUUUGCUUAGAAAGGCUAAAAACAGUAAAUCUUUUAAAGUGUUUUUAGACAACUCUUACUUUUCCUACAUGGACGGUGUGGACUGAUCAAGUGUUUCAAAACUUGACAUGCAGGUUUCGGUCAGUUUCUCCGUCUUAAAAAUUAAUUUAUUGUCGUUAUUAUGAAACCAAGUUUUUGAUACAAUGAAAGAUUUAGUUUUGUUUUCUAAAUGUGAGUAAAAAAUGCUAGUUUUAGUAUCAGGAUGUGCAUUUUAACAUAUAAACAAAUAACUGUUUGGAAGUAUAACCGUCAGAUUUAUCUUGUUUUCAUUGUGUGUCUUGUUGUUUUUUCGCUGUGUUAUGUUUCUUCUCCCUCUCUCCAGCACUGUGACGUUUUGUAAGCUGAGGCUCAUCUCCGCCAAUGCCUUCAAGGACAACCUCAAGCUGCAGUAUGUGUAAGUGUCUUUGUCGAUACAAAGAGGGUUGUCAUGUUUUGACCUGCGUGUGGGUCAGCCUAUUUGUCCAUGUCACUCAGAGCUCAGAUGGUCAUUUAUUGCAGCACAUGUCACAUGGAGGGAGGGCUUCAUUUCCCCAAAUCCACAGUGACUCAGUCCAGGUUCAUGCAGGUGAAUCACUCUUCUGCAGAUCUGGUAAAUAUAUGAGCUCAUUUCAGAUACUGAAACCACAAAUUGGUCUUUCCUGGCAGAAAAAAGGUUAAUAUAUGUUUAUUCAAAAUAUUGACUUGUUUCUGCUCAGAUGGUUCCUCUCAUUUCCUGUUUACACCAAACACAAAUACACUCCAUUAGCUGAAUUUUUAUGAUUUUUGGACCUCUGAAUUCUGAGCGUUUGAGUGUGCAGACGGUGACGAUCAGUUUGGCCUCCAUCUGCAGAUGAAUAAACCUUGAGGAGUCCAUUGUUGAUGUACGUCACUGCAGGAUCUAUGUAUGCUGAUUAAUGAGUGAUUCGCUGGAGUUCAGAUUUUAAACGCUUUAAACCCUAAAUCACAUAGUUGUUAGAUCAUUUUAAACUUAUUUAUUAACUUAUUAAAUUGGGAUAAACAGUCAGUACGUUUACAUGACACUCAAGAAAACUGAAUUAUCGCCUUACUCCGAUAAAGACCGGACAACUGAAGUUCAUGUAAACACCUUAGUCUGACUAUAAUCAGAGUUUGAGAACUCCGAUUCAGACACCCAGAUAAUGUGAUUGGAAUUUGGUUUUCUCUACCAUCUAACCAGCGAAGUCGGAGUAUGAUUGGACAAUGCAUGUGCGCGUGAGCCACGCCCCCGUAACCCCGUAACAAAAACGCCAGAGAAGAGGAGUAGCGUUCAUCUCAUCUGCAGAAAAAGUAGCGCGUCCAUCAUGUCGGACAAAAACAACGCUGCACGAUGCUCCAUCUUCUUGUUUCUCCAAAACGCCCAGCAGCAGUUGUAGACACUUCUGACGUCUGACACCGACCUGCUGUUGUUGUUGACGGUUGUAUGGGGUCGGAAAUAGCGCCGCUGAAAAGACUCAUAUCGCCCCCUAGUUGUGGGGAGGACACAUUCACAUCAAUAAUUUGAUUUUCUUAGCUACAUGUAUACGAGGACAAGGAGAGAAGUCAGAUUCGGUAAAAAAUACGAGCUUAGUCCGAUGAAGCUGUGCAUGUAAACACACUGAGUUUGGGUCAACAGUCCAGGUCCAACAGGUAAAAACACACAAAGAUCAUGAAACUGGAGGCCUUGAAUCCGUCUGCUCAUCCGACCCUUAUCGCCACCAUCUUGUCCUCAUCACUUUACCGACCGUGUGCAACAUGUCUGAUGUUGUUUAUCUGGAAGACGGGCCGGUUUCAAAGACCGGACCGUCUUGAGAGGGGGGGGCGCGGUGGCAGAUGUGAUAGUAGGCGGCAUGAUCUCCAGAAAUUGGAGAAGACAUCCACCAGUCACCUUUUACUCGCUCACUUUGGCGGAUUAUCGACAACUGAUGCAUAAUAAAUACACUCCACUAAGGGUCCAUUAUCACUUAAUCAAUAUUUCACUGAGGAGGGGGAGGGUGGCUGAGGAGUGGGGGGGUUUCUGUGUGACAGAUGUGUUCCUGAGAUUAGGAGGGACAGACUAUAACAAACCUAAACAAGGAGCAUCACUUUCCUUUUACUUCAUUUUCCUUUUUCUCCCUCCUGAACUCGACCAUCCUUCAGAAUCACAUCAGCUUUUAAAGGAGGAUUAGAGAAAACAAGCCGCUGUUCACAAAUCCCCUCCACCCCCCCUGUGGACCUGAGCAGGAAUCGAGCUGGUAAUGGAUAAGCCCCAAUGGCUAACCCAUCUGACAUGAACUUUUGGGAGCAAGGAAAACAAAUAAUUGAACCCUUGGCCCUGCCAGAGUGAAUAUGUAUUAGCUUCCAUGUGUGCGCUCCCCAGUGUGGCUUUCUGUCAUCUUCUAAGAGGUUUUUAUUUACAGUCUGGUUUCUUGGCGGUCUGAGCUUCACUCGAGACCCCCUGUGAUGAUAUUUUAGUGGCCUUGGAGGACUGACAGGGAUCUGCAGCAUUUAUCCAUGACAGGAUUCUGAUAUUAGAUAUUUAGAUGAGGAAAAACUCUGUCUACCAUGUUUGAAUUUACAUUUAUUUUCAAUAUUAACCAAGAAAAAGGGUCUACGAGUCUAUUCAAGGCUUAAUGCUUACAUGCUAGGAAGACAUGUUGAGGUUUUGUUGCCCUUUAAAAGCACAAUCAGGGCUCUUAUGUGUUGGUCAAGAUGCUAUGAUGGAGCAUUAGGGCCACAAUAAGAAAAGAAAACGUUUUAGUCGUAGCUAAUAGCUAUUCUUACCUGUUGUUAGUUGUUCAAAUGAGCGCUGUGGAACAUUUAGAUAAAUUGAACUUCAGUAGCGAGAUUUCACAAACAACGAGAUACCAAAUCCUUUGGCGUUUCAGCAUCACGUUGUCAGAAGUAUCAGGACAGCUGCAAGAAAUGCAUCUUUUCCGCAGAAAGAACCAGGCGGACUUUUAGGGAAUCGCUGUUUUUGAGGAGGGAGAAAUGACUGGAGAUGUCUGUGCAGAGGUUAAAUCCCACAAUGCAGCCGUUUAUAGCAGUAGUUACCUCCGCCAAGGAGGUUAUGUUUUCGGUAGCGUUGGUUUGUUUGUUUGUUUGUCUGUGAACAACUUUACAGAGAAAGUUACUGAUGGAUUGACCUGAAAUUUUCACCAGAGGUGCGUCUCAGCCCCAGGAGGAUCCCAUUACAUUUUGGUGGUGAUCCGGAUCGCCUUCUGGAUCCAGGAAUUUUUUUGAAGAAUUCUUUAUCAUUGUGAGAUAGGGCACAUUUUGGAAUUUUUGCAUUUAACUCUAUAAAAAUGUCCAGAGUCUUUAGUCAAAAAUGACACAAAAGGAUCUCAAUCAGGUUGAUCCUGAUCCAGACAAAAUUCCAGAUACUGUGAUCCAGAACAGCCAAAAAUAAGGGUGUCGUUGGAAUUUUUAGUGCUGAAAGAUAACCAAUGGGCGGCACAGUGGUGUAGUGGUUAGCACUGUCGCCUCACAGUAAGAAGGUCCUGGGUUUGAAUCCGGGUCAGGGCAUUUCUUGUUUUAGGAACAUUAUGAACAGUGAACAUACCAGUUUAAACACAAAUAAAAGUUAAUAAAAGACACGUAACAGUAAAAGUUUUGGUGUGAAUCACAAUAUAAGGGCGGACAUGAGCUGCUUGGCGGAGGUCUGCGCUCUCAGAGUGCUUUUCUGGUUAAAAGAGCAACUGCAAACUUUUCCUCCAAAAUGUAAAUCAGCAGAGUUUCUCCAUCUUUGUAUCUGGGCUUCAUCCUACCUGUGAGAAAUGUUUGUGACUCCGGACUAAUCACCUAAUGUACUGGACAGGGAGCAAACACUCAGGGGGGGUGUGCAGAAGGGUUUGUGCGUGUUGCUCCUGACUGGUGAGAAAUAUUUGCCAAGGUAAUUGAUCAGAGCCCAUUUGGAUGCAUUAACGUUUUCCACUGAGAGUAACUCAGAGCAGGUAAGUAUCGCUCCGAAAGUGAGCAAUCAAACCACGGCGUGACUCAACUGCACAACAGUUCGGAUUACACAACGACAGGAGCGACUCCAGUUUUUAUUUGAUUUCGGCUUCUUACACUCGUAUAUUCACGAUCGGUGUCAUUUCUUACAGGAUGAUUUAAAGAGAUAGCAUGAUUGCACAACAUGUAUGUGCAACGAGUUGAUUUUGCAGCCAGAGGAGUCAAAUAUUCAGUCUAAUUCAAUCUGAAGUGCAGCAGAUCAGCUGUUGAUAACAUCCUCUGUUUUUUUAGGAACCUGGCAUUCAACUCCCUCGAACACAUCUCCUGGAGGGUGUUUCAUUUUCUACCUCUGCUCAACCUGUGAGUAAUUUCAAGUCCAUAAUGAGAACUCUCCCAAUCACUGGGAUAAGUUUGUGAAAUCUGCAGGAGCUCAAGGAGAUCUAAAGGAGGGAAAUAUUCGACUGAUUGGGUCUCACGGUGACUGGGACCUCAGAAAAAGCACUGGAGUGUGCAGCUGCCUGUUAUGUGUUAAUUUAGGAGCACAGUCUGGGUUCAAAGCUGCAGGAAAUUCAGAUCCAUUUGUUUCCCAAAGUGUCGUUGUCCGGUCACCGAGCCGAAGCAUGAGUAAGAGUCGUCAUUAGCGUUGGAUCGUUCCAUUUGAAAUCUUAAACUCAGAGUUUUCUUGUGUUUACUUAAAGAGAUAUACCGGCGUAACAUUAAUUUAGGGUCAAACACACCGUAACACAGAGUUGGACACCCCCUCCAGAGAUGAAUGUUGCCGACUGCUUGCUUCUCUAGUUAUAACAACUUUAGUAACGACCGCAGGACAGCAAUACAGAGAGCCACGCACUCAACCAAAACGCCACUCUAUAGCCAAAUAGGACAAAUAACAGCGGACUACAGCGGGGUUACGCAGCUCAAGGAAGAACAUUUAUGAUCAUUUCUUCAUGGAAAUACAAUGAGACCGAGAGGUUAAGGCAGGAGAACUACCGCGUCUGCAGUGAAAAAUGAUUAAUAUGAUUAUUAUUACUUCAAAGAAAUGAUAAAGAAAUGAUCAUAAAUGUUCUUCCUUGAGCUGCGUCACCCCGCUGUAGUCCCUAAUGGACUGGCUUGAGGUCUCGCUACAAACAAGCGGCUGCUGGAAGAGAGUAGGUGAGUUGUGUUUAGUCUCUUUGCUAAAGAAAUGAGUCAAAGUUAAAAAGAUGUUUGGUGUCUAGUACUAUGUCUGUGACCCUAUAUGUCCUGUUGAUGAAGUUAGGUGCUGUUCUGAGCAUUAUUUGUGGCUAUAGAGUGGCGUUUUGGUUGAGCGUGUGGCUCUCUGUAUUGCUAUCCUGCGGUCGUUACUAAAGUUGGUCUAACUAGAGAAGCAACAUUCAUCUCUGGAGGGGGUGACUAACUCAGUGUUACGUUGUGUUUGACCCCAAAUUAAUUUUACGCCAGAAUAUCCCUUUAAAUCUAAAAUUGAGUGAAUUGUGUUCAUCUCAUUUUCUUUAAUUUUCUCUUCAGGGUCUUGAGGAACAACCCCCUCGUUUGCUCCUGUGACCUUUUCUGGCUCCAGCAGUGGCAGCGAAGUGAACGGGGUGACGUGGACACUCAGAUGUUGUCGUGUAUCGCCAACGAUCUGGAAGUUCCUCUCGACUCGAUGGUGAUAGACAACUGCAGUGAGUUUGCCUUCAGCUUUGACAUUCAAACCCUGAUUUUUAACGGUAUAAUACAGUUUUAUCUGUUUAUCAAUGAUAAAUAUGCACAGUCAGACAUGGAAAACAUUCAAAAUAUGAUUGAAUUAAAGAAACUGUGAGCGGAUUUAGGACAUGACAAAACUUGUUCCCUUGUCUGACCUUCAGUUUGUAUCACUAAUAAAUAAAUAUUUGUAUUUUUACAGAUUUUCUAGUGAGAAAGAAGAUAAAAAAUUAAAAUUUAAGACUUUCAGGAUGAUAAUUUAAUUUUUGUGUUGAAAAGUAAUCAUCUUUCAGUCCGUCCCCAACGACGAGAGAAUUUUUUACAUUUUCAGUCUCUUUGAUAAAUUAUUUUGAUUUGCAGAAAAAGGUCACAAAAUCAAAUACUAACAGAACUAAGGAACAAAAACAGGUCGGAUAAUCAAGUCUAGUCUUAAUAAGACCUUUUGUUAUUUGUCAUGCUUUUAUUUUGAAAUCUAUCUGUGAUUCUCUCAGGAAUUAGGCUUUUAUUUUGAAGUAUACAUCUUAAGUUGUAGACCUUAAAGAAAUCAGUCAAAAGGACGGUUAAUAAUGAAGCAGACUCAGCCCAGGAUUGAGGUUUUAACCACAUACAGUAGGACCAUGUUGUUGCCAGGAAACAUAUAAGGAAGUUCUGCUGAGAAACGUUUGUGCUGUAGGUUGUUUUUUCCUUAAAUACCUGACCUGAUGCCUCAUGCUGUUUCCUCUGCCGUUUCUCAGCUCUGCCCGAAGUGACGAUUAUCUCCAGAUCCAAACCCAAGAUCCAGGAGGGAGGAAACCUGACGUUUGAGUGUAUCGUGACAGGAAGUCCAACCCCGAACGUGAGAUGGAGAACCGAGUAUCUCCACUCUCACUUCAUCACAGAGGUACGGGAAAACACUCAGGACAAGAGAGUGUGUGUUUUAUCUGAACCCGGACACUCAGGCGAGCAUAUACGAGAGCAAAUUAUGGGCGAAAGAUUGGAGGGGUUCACGGUCAAAAAAACAAAUGUAAUAGACGCUGUAAGUCUGAAAGCACUCAGAGAGCGUGUGAUGCACUUUCUGCAAACAUGGCGAUCGCCUGUAAAAUCAGGUACAACAGCUCCACCGUACAUUUGUACUUUUAAGAAGCAUCACCAAGUUCAGUUUUUAAGAGGAGGAUCGUUGUACUUCUAAAAUAAAACCUAACUUCCAAAAAAGUCAGUGCUGCUCAAGUGUCUGCGGCUUUCUUUGUUCGAUUUGUCAUGUAACGGUUUUCAGUGGUUGAGAGGUUCGGACUCUUGGCAGGUCGGUUUAGCACCAUGCUGUUGGAAAAUAUGCAGGAUGUGGUUUACUGUUGUCUUCCUUGAAAAAGGUGCUGUUAGAAUGGCAGCAUAUAAAACCCCAAACCCUGUAUAUAUAUGUAUAUUGUGUAGCGUUGAUGGUAGAGUACCCAUGACAAUGCAGAUGUCGAAAUCUACGAGCUUUUUCUAAUGUUAAGUUAGUCAAACUAUUUAAAAGAUGUUCUUCCAGGUGUAAUGGGGCGCUCACACCAAGCACGAGUAAAAUCAUCUACUCGCUCAAUUCGCGCGAAUCUAGACGUGUGAAUGAAAAGUAUUUACUCGCUUCAUUCGCAUGUCAACCGUAAUCCCAGCAGGAUCAACUGAUAGACAAAGGUUUUUAUAAUUUACCAGGUAAUCCGACCUCCUCACUCACCUGCCUCCAGACGAGCUCCUUUUUAUUCCGGUUUUGGUGAUUGAAAGAAAAGGUAUCAUGUAAUUUCUGGCACCAACACACCGACACCACCAUUUUAGAUACCAGUCAACAACCGUCUGUUUUCAUACGUCACCUGGCAACCUUUGUGCUGAUUAGUUAUCACGAGGCGAAUAUCCGCUCAAGUUGGAACAUGUUCAGCUCCCGCACAAUUCCUGUCAUUCAUGCCACCAGAGUAGUAUGAGCGACUAAUCGCGUCUUUGCAUUGACUUAACAUGUAAUUCAUUCGCGUGAAUGAUUUUACUCACGCUUGGUGUGUGGAGACAGGUAGGGUUAGGGUUAGGGUUAGAGUCGUGUCCCUGACUCUAUUUAAUCGCAGCAGCAGAACAUUGUUUGUGUUUGGUCUCUGGGUCUUGCAGUUUACUUUUACGUGCUGAAAUUUAGAGCGAUGGUGGUGACGGAUGCUGAGGUAUAGGGUUGAAAAUGUGAGUGCAGCACUCGAACACCGUAGCACCAGCAAAUAGCAAAGCAGAGGGAAAGAAAUCCUGUCGCUUUAAUAGACCGUGAAUGUGCAGAGAUGUGUUUCCAUGUGAUUACAGGGUGACACAUGUUGAGUGUGAAAUCAGCGCAGCUCAAGUAGCCGAUUAGGUUAGUCUUUAAAUGGGAUUUUUUACUGUAAAGCCUGGUUUAUGCUUCUGCACAUACAAAUACAAACACAGACGCGUGUCCACCUUGCCUGGUGUGAACCUCCUCUAAGGUGUAUUUAUGCAUCAGGACUGCAAGCCCUGUGAUUGGCCCACUGGGUAGCAUUGUAUUUCCUGCAUUUACAUGUCAGGAAUCGCCUCCUGCUCGCCUUCUUUGCUAUAUUUGCAGCUCCAACUCCAACACAACGUGCUCAGAUUUAGUCACCUUGUUUUUUUUUUAAGCACAAUGAGCAGAAACGUCAAUAAGACGAGCAAAGAAGUCACACAAAAGUCGCCAGAGUCAACACAAAAGUAUGAACCAGGUUAAAGAAAAAUCCACACCUCUUAUCCUUAAACGUAUCUAAUUUUCAAAAGCUUUUAUCGAACCCUUCUCAAGGCAAAGCCAUACAAGAAUAUUGUCACCACGGCGUAACAUCGAAGCCAUAGAAAGGGUUUGGGUUUUCAGUCUGUGCCUCUUCUUCACACUUUUGUGAGUCCUGAGGUCUCAAUCCUUUAUCUCCAGAUUCAGGACUUCAUGUUUUCAGGAUAGAAUUUUCUCAAUAGCCUCCCAAAAAACAUGUGACCUCCUCCCCUCCUCUAUUUGAUCUCACUUUAUUGAUGCUUUCAACUUCAAAAAUGCACUUUCACUCUCCCUGGCUUUUAACCGUGUCUGAGUGUUGUUGCUGGUGGCUGUUAUUUGUCUGCAAAACCUUGUGGUAAGAGUGCAGAGUUUCAGAACUUCCAGUUUGGUUUCUUCUUCAGUAAUUAUCAGCAGACUCGCUUUGUUUUCGCUCUCACUUGACUGCGAAGUAUUAUAGAUCAUCUUGUGCUGUAAAAAUAAAGUUUUCAGUGAAAUAGUUUAUCGAUCCACAGCAGAGAAGAUUGGGUCUGAUUUCGUACCUUAAAGUGAGAGAGAUAUUGUUUAUUCCAUCAAAUAUACAUACAGUACAAUUUUAGACAAGAAAUUCACCUACUGCUUUCUCCCUCACUCCACUUAUGGCAUGUCUUGAAGACAUCAGAGUCUGGAUAACUUUGAUUUUUUAAAUUUCAAUGAGAGAAAAACAGAAGUGAUGGUCUUUGGUCCCAGUGGCCCUUGUGAAUCCCCUCCUUGGGUAUUUUAGCAGACUAUUUAAAGCCAACCGUCUCAAAUUUGGGUUUUAAGAUAAUAAUAAUAAUAAUAAUAAUAAUAAUGAUAAUAAUAAUAAUUCAUUUUAUUUGUAUAGCGCUUUUCAAGGUACUCAAAGACACUUUAUAUAAAGCACACAAUUCGAAUAUAGCAAUAAGAUAAAAUAAAUAAAUAUAAACAAGUAAAAUAGUCACAUUUUAAAAGCAGUUUUAAAAAGGUGGGUUUUCAGAAGGGAUUUGAAGGAGGUAAGUCAGUGCAGGAUCUGAUCUGGACGGGGAGAGUUCCAGAAGGAGGGUGCGACAAUGGAUAAGGCCCUGUCCUCCUACUUUGUUCAGCUGUGGUUGUUUUAAAGUGCUUUACAAAUAAAGUUGAGUUGAGAGUAUUUUUUUGGAGAUCGAUAAGGAGUAGGUAGAAGCUAUUUAGCUUAUUUGUACCUACCCUCAUUCCCUCCUAUAUCCAUAUAUAUAUAAAUAAUUUUGGUCCCGAUAUUGAACCCUGAGGCACUCCACAGGUUACAUCUAGACAUAUUGACCUGUGCUCACCUAUCUGUACAAACUGUUAACUGUUUUUAAUGUAACUUUGCCCCACCCCUCUAAUACCGUACCUCUCACAGCGUGUCAUGAUUAAUCGUGUCAAAAGCUUUUUUAAGUGAUCCAUAUGCGGCUCUGACGAGUCUGCUUUUCUGCAGGAGAGAAUCGGCGGCUCCAUGUUACACCUGCUCCUGUUCCUCACCAAUGUUUCCUCACACGACAACCUGCUCAACCUAACCUGCGAGGCCGAGAACCAAGCUGGGCCCGGGGAGGAGAUGGUGCAAUUGGACAUUGAGUGUAAGUGCCUCUAAAAUACGAAAAAAACACACUCUUGAAAGCUCACAAGCUCAAUACGAGUCGCCGGGCUUAAUGGAGGUUAGGGCGAGAGCACACUGGGGCCGAUUUUCGAGUGCAGGCAGGGUGGACAGGCAGAGAAAAGGAAAAUGCACUGCACUGAUUCCUUCUAAAUGCCUCCUCUCCAAAUACGAACAUGUACCCACCAUGCUUCUAAUGGAGCUCUUUGUCACAUGCCACUCACUCAGGCGACCGGUGAGAAGUGUUCAAAUCACUCGUGAAGUGCUGCAGGUAUGGAUCGCCAUUUAAUGCAGAGACACAAUGAGAGGACAAAGAAGGAGAGUGAAGUUUCCUCGCCCCGCUCUUAAAGAACUCCUUCACCUCAUCUACACUUUGCCUCUAAAUUACGGCUGCAGCUUGACCCUGGAGGUUUGCUGUUGUUGUCUCCUUUUUGGAUGCAUUAGUGCAUCUGGAAGUUGGCGAACACCGAAAGAAUGACAGCACCCGGCGGUCCUGCAGGAAGAAAAAAGAAAAAAAAAAAACAUGAGUCAGAUGCAUUAGUGAUACAUUACUGAGAAAAAUACUGCCCAAACAAUAUCGUAUAUCACCAACUCAGUGACACUCGUUAGAAAAUAAAGCCAAAAAGAGCAGGGGCGCCAAUCAGCUGAAGCCAAAUGCACAAGCAUCAAGGGACAGAUAAUGAACGUCAGGAAAAUGGGGCUGAUAACCCGUGCGAAGAUCUGAUUUGAGCCCGUGCUAAUGGACUGUUCCCUCCUACUCCGGAAAACCGCUUCAUCCGCAGUGAUUGGCAGUCUGUAAAUGCGUUAGUGCAGCUAAUCUAUCAACAUCAGCCCCCCUGGUGGACGGACACUCGUUAACCGCUAGCCCUUUAAUUACUCUUAAUUACCUCCCAGAACAGUGGGUGUUUACUGCUGAGUGGCUCUCGGUGCCAUUGAUCCACGGCACUCGUGUGGGAUCCCGCUCAUAAAACAACAUUUCUACGCCGUGGUUUUUUUUUCUUCUGCGGAGUCAUUUUUUCUCACUUGAGGAGUUUUAUGAACGGCCUCCAUCUUGAAGGUUAAUAUUUUGUAAAGAUCAUGAAAGUGUCUGCUGUAUUUCUCUCUGAAAAUCCACAAUGAGGCUCUUUAAACCGGAUCCUCGCCCUCCUUUAAACCCUGCGUCAAAAGUUAAUGGAUGAUUAGUCAAAUGUGAUAAAAGCGCUAAUUUUCCCUCAGAGCAGCAGACUUCAGCGAGGCCAGACGGAUGCCUCGGUAUCCCCCUUAGCGCAGCACUUUGCGAAGACGGGUCACGGGUUAAUAGCGUCAGAAUGGUCGGUGCAGCGUGAUGGGGUCUCUGCUCUUGAGAGUCGUGUUCGAUCUAAACGAGGCCAUUUCCUGUUACUCUGUGUUCGGCUGAGCUUCCAGGUAGCUUUUUGUGGUCAGGGGGGCACGACGACGACCAGGAUUCAUAAUUCAUGACGGGUCAGCACAGGUUUGCUGCAGAUGGAGAGCAUUGAUUCAUGGAAAGUCUGAGGGAACCUAUUGGGAACUUCAGCAACCGUUACACGUGAUCAAGGUGCGAAUUCAGCAGUCAGUGGUAUGAACCGAUGAGGAUGUAGAGGGAACGUGUAUGAGCUCUCAGAGUCUUUAAAAGCUCAGGAGCCUCAUAACAUCAAAGAAUGGAGAUAUUUCCAAGUAUCUGAAGGCGGCGAUCACUAGAUUUGGAUCAUCAAGAUUUCAGGCUGGACUGUUUUUGUCUUGACUUGAAGGGAUAUUCCAACGUAAAAUUAAUUUAAGGUCAAACACACCGUAACACCGAGUUAGACCCCCCCUUCAGAGAUGAAUGUUGCCGACCGCUCGCUUCUCUACUUAUACCAACUUUAGUAACGACCGCAGGAUAGCAAUACACAGCAGUCUGAGGAGCCAUAAAAAAACCUCAACCAAAACACCACUCUAUAGCCACAAAUAAUGCUCAGAACAGCACCUAACUUCAUCAACAGGACAUAUAGGGUCACAGACAUAGUACUAGACACCAAACAUCUUUUUAACUUUGACUCAUUUCUUUAGCAAAGAGACUAAACACAACUCACCUACUCUCUUCCAGCAGCCGCUUGUUUGUAGUGAGACCUCAGGCCAGAACAUUUAUGAUCAUUUCUUCAUGGAAAUACAAUCAGACCGAGACGCUAAAGCAGAAGAACUACCGCGUCUGUAAAAUGAUUAAUAUGGUGAUUAUUACAUCAAGGAAAUGAUAAAGAAAUGAUCAUAAAUGUUCUUCCUUGAGCUGUGGCACCCCGCUCUAGAGAACCAGAGAAGCAGGUGAUCUGCAACAUUCAUCUCUUAAGGGGGUGUCAAACUCGGUGUUACGGUGUGUUUGACGCUAAAUUAUUUUUUUGCAGGAAUAUCCCUUUAAGAGUUGAAUCUCAACGCUGGAUUAAGAGAUGGACUUAAUUCUUUCUUGGAGCUGGACAGGUUCUUAUCCGAUCUGUCACACACGUCUUUUUCUUUUAUAUCUCCUCCUCCUGUGCUUCUUUCUAAUGUGGUGUCCCCCAGGGAUCUAUCCUGGGUCCCCUAUUAUUCACUUAGCACAUUCACAUGCACAGAUAAGUCAAGUUAUGAUUAUAGCUCGAUUAAGUGAUUUAACUAGACUUUUGUCCCUGUCCUGGUUUACAUCACUGGAGGCUAACGGGACGUCUGUCACUUUUACAGCUCUGUGCCAUUUGCUCGGAAAGUUUCGCCUUUUUUCAUCUUUUUUCUUCUCUGUCAAGGUUUUCUUUACCGGCUAUUCACAGCUCGGCGUGCUAACACCGAGCAUGCUCAGAACGCUUAGUUUAAUUUAUUUAUUAUCCAGAUAUGUUAGUCAGAUUUUGAGAAGUUUGAUUUAGUGCAUUUUCAGUCAGUCUAAUGGGUUUACAUGAUUUAAAAAAUGUCCAGUUCAGUCAGACUAAGACAAAAAAGUCAAUAUUUUGAACCACAUGUAAACAUUCUGACUCUCUCUGAGGCAAAUCCUGUAAACGCUGGAUAGACUUUCGCCGCCAUGCAGAUGACACUCAGCUCUACGCCCCGUUAGAACCUGGCACCUCUGAUGUGUCUCACUUUAUGUCCUGUCCAACUAAAAUCAAGAUGUCUGAAAAUUUUGUUUCAUUUUCAUCGUCUACCUUUACCUCCCCCGAUCUUCCUGCAGUUCCAGUCAAAAUCCUCUUCCUGCGGGACGCCGUGCAGCAGCAUCACUGGUGUUUCCCCUUCGCCGUGGAUGGCAACCCCGAACCGACCAUCAAGUGGCUUUACAACGGCAAAAAAGUGACGGAGAACACCUACAUCUACACGCAGUUCAUCCCGGACACCACAGACGGGUCGGUGAAGCACGGCUGUCUCUUCCUCAACAAGCCCACGCACAUCAACAACGGCAAAUACACCCUGAUCACCGAGAACGGGCUGGGACGGGACGAGGCCUCAGCCAACGGGACGUUCAUGAUCAACCCCUUUGAGCCGCACGAUCCUGAGGGGAUAAUCCCGGGUGAGUAUCCUCAGAUUCAGGAGAGGACUUUCUGAACAUCCUGUGAUUUUAUUUAGCAGUGAUUGGUUCAUUUUCGAUCGAUAAUCAAUCACCUUGAAUUCUGAAUAGAGUGAAUAAAAGAACAGCCUGAUACGUGAUCAAUCACUGAGCUGUUUCCUGAAGGACUUUGUUUUAAUGGCUGUAAAGCAGAUCAUUAUAUGUUAAUGAAAUAUGUAAUAAUGAGCUUCCAUAGAUCUUUAAACCACUUUACUGACCAUGAGGCCGUCAAACGAUUCAUUUACUAAUUAAUCGCUGAAUUACAACCACUUCUUUAAAACUCCAUUAUAUGUAAAGCAAGUCAGUUAGAGAGUGAAAUACAGGCAGUAGAUUAUACUCAGUGAUCUUGACCUAAACUUGAUUUAUUGUUAAAUAUGUUUUCGGUGUUUCCUUGAGAAGUUUAGAUUUUAUGUAAUUCGUGUUCAAAAAUGUGUUUCUCUCCUUUCUUCCCACUUGCCAGUCCUUGACGCCGAUCCAAGUAAGUCGAUUUUUACUUCUCUAAAAGUCUCAGCAAGGUUACCGAACACUGCACAGCCUUUUUCCUCUAACUGAUCUCCGUCCUGCUCCUCAGUUCCUACAAACAAAUCAGACAUGGACGUCACAGAGAACGCAGAGAGUCGAGUGUUUGUGGUUCGUGUUUUUGUUACAAAUCUUGUAGAUUCGUCGACUUUUCCGUGAGCAGACUUUGAAUCUUUGUUUUUUUUGUCCUCUCAGGUGUCCGUGGCUGUGGGUCUGGCGGUGUUUGCCUGUGUUUUCCUCCUCAUCAUGAUCUUGGUUAUUAACAAGUGUGGCCAGAAUUCAAAGUUUGGUAUUCACCGUAAGUUUUCAGUUAAUAAUUCACGUGUGAUGUUUUCAACAGAGGUUUCUUCUUUUUUAACCUUCCUCAUGUGUUCUCUUUCACAUGACCCGUGUCUUAAAUCAGCUGUAAAUUACACUAAAAACAAUUCUCUAUCAUCUGAUUUUGUUUUCAUCUCUGGGUUACCUUGUUCGGCUUCAUUAUCCAUGAAAAUAUUGAUUAUUAUAGUUUUCGUUGUGGGCCUCUGGACCUUCUUUGUCAGUUUACCCCUCGCACAGAUGUCUGAAUUGAUCUCACAUGUCUGGACCUGCCCGACGUUGUUUUUUGAGCAGGGAAAACGUGGAAAAAUGAGAAUUUCCUAAAUCUCACAUGAUUGGAAGAGAAUCUGACUGUCAGUGUGGAGCCUAACAGAGCACGUUUAAUUUCAGUUUUUGCUUUAAUCAUUAGAUAUUAAUCUAACCGGGUCAACAGCGACCCUAACACGACAAGUGCCAUAAUUUUAAUUACAGCGUUUUAUAAUUUAGUCAAUUUAAUUUCUUUAUUUUUAUUUUGUUAAAAUCGAGGUUCCUGUCAAAGUCAAAAAGUCUUGAUCCCAAAAAGCUGAUUUAUGUCGUUCUUUUAAGCAUUUAAAGUCAAAAACGUGUCGGUGCAGACCCGAACACAGGAGGAGGGUUAAACGAACAGGUUAGCACUCGGAUAGUUUCACGACAACGGUUUAUUUUUCUUCUUUUUGUUCUUUUUUUUAUGGCGGAUCAAAACCAGGCAGAAGAUAAUGAGUCAUAUUUUACGUUUUUAUCCUGGAUUCAUGAUCCCAUGAUUAAAAGUGCUUUGUAUCUUUGCGCUAACCUCAGUGUGGAGGCAUUUAUGUCUCUGUAAGUUUGGUAUUCACUGUAAGUUUUUAAGCAAUAUUUCGUUAGUAGAUCACUGGAAAUGUGUGACGUUUUGAACAGAGGUUUCUUCUUAUUUAAGCACUCGGAUAGUUUCACAACGACGGUUUAUCUUCGUCUUUUUGCUCUUUUUUUUUUAAAUGGCGGAUCAAAACCAGGCAGAAGAUAAUGACUCACAUUUUACGUUUUUAUCCUGGAUUCACGAUCCCAUGAUUAAAAGUGCUCUCUAUCUUUGCACUAACGUCAGCGUGGAGACAUUUAUGUCCACAGAAGAGCAGAAAUAAGUACGGAGCUGAAGGGGAGUGAGUCACUCAAUCAUCGAAGUCCAGCACCGCUGACAGAAGUUGUAUUAGCGAUCUUAAAUGCGAGCCAUAAUCAAAUGUUCUGCCAAAUUAUUCUCUGAAAUAGCCGAUGGUUUCUGUCAGGCUCUCUGAAGGUAAUGCACAGGAGGGACUGACUAAUAUAGGAUCUCCACAGAGCUGUAAGUUUGCUCACAGGCGGCCACUGUGCCGGCCGAGCUAAAGUGCCUUAAUUACUGAGAAGGAGAAUGGCGGCAGAAACCUCCCUGGGCCUUCGCCACGUGGUGAGGCCCAUUAAAGAAGAUGGAUGGAUAGACGUGAUAUAGCCCGGCUCUGACCCACCCCGACACACACACACACACACACACACACACACACACACACAACUGCCCUUCUCACUCUCAAAGUGCCUAAGUGGGCCUGAUUGCCUAAGUGGACCCUGCUCCCUCUUUCCUUCCCUCCAUCGCGCGCUCUUUGUUGUUCCAUUUUCCGCCGUGUUGGACUCUGGGGGUUCUGUGGUUUGCCUUGCUGAGUGGGGUUUUACAAUUUGGGCCCCACUUGUUUGGCUUUUAAUACGCGCCGUAGUCAGGGGUUGCAAACCGUUCUUCCUCCAUGUUCAUUUUUCCGUUCAUUGUGGCCUGAUUGCCGCUUGGUUGAUGAUGGUGAUUAUUAGGGCUUGUCGUGGUCUGUCACCAUGGCACCAACACAUGUGCGACCAAGUUUGUUGCAGAGAGCGUCCAUUCAUCGGAGGGAAAAAAUGGUUUCUGAAUUGCUUCCUUUGAUGGCCGCAGCAAUCACGGCUGUUUGGCGGCUGAUUAGGUGUUACAUAUCACUCACUUUUGCUUGUUUGUGUCCUUCCACUUUUCAUUAGGUUCAUCAGUUUUGGGCGCGAAAGACGAUCUGGCUGUGUCGCUCCGUUUCAUGAACUUUGGGACGAGUCCACCUUCAUCUGACGAAGACUCGGGUCUGUCGAGCUUCGUGGAGAACCCACAGUACUUCUGCGGCAUCAUCAAGGAGAAGGACAUGUGUGAGUGUUACUGCUGUACUCGUUUCCUCUCUGCUGGCGUUUCAUGGUUUGUUACCCUCUUCAUUACAAAUUCAGUCAAAUUGUCAUGAUUGUGACUUUAAGGAGGCUAACUGCUUUCAACGUUGGAUUUUUGAAACGUUGAAAAUCGAGAAAGGGCAAAACAAAGACCAAACAAUGUGAACUAACUUGAGCCAGUCUGACUAAUCUUUGGUGAUGAAAUUUAAAAUCAGUUUUAAUUAAAUUUUUCCCUCUUUUCUGUGUUUGAUGCUCAGGUGUCCAACACAUUAAACGACAGGACAUCGUGUUGAAGUGGGAGCUGGGCGAAGGGGCGUUCGGUAAAGUCUACCUGGCAGAGUGUGCAAACCUGAGCCCAGACAACGACAAGAUGCUGGUGGCCAUCAAGGUGAAUUAUUUUAUAGCCAUCACUUUAUUCCCAGAAAAUGUGAAUUUUCAACAGUAUGAAAAUGUCAUCGAGGAAAUAUGGCGGUGUGAUAUCUCCCCGAUGGAUGUUCUCUGUUUAUUUAAAGGUCUGCACAAAUUCAGCCUUUGUCUCUUUGGUUAUAGUGUUUGACCAAAUUAUGGCUAUGAUUGGAGUUUAUACUGUGGCAGCACCAUGUUUACUAACCUUCUGAAUCCUUCGCUGUUGACCACUGAAUAUGGAAGUACUGUAGAUCUCACACUGUGAAGAUCUUCUUACGUAGGGUGACCAUAUGUCCUCUUUUACCCGGACAUGUCCUCUUUUUGGGGGGCUGUCAGGCCUUGUCUGAGGAGUUUAUAAAAUCCUUCAAAUGUCCGGAGUUUUGUAUGGAAGUUUUAAGUUUGUGUUGCUUGGACUAACUGAGUUAGAAGCGUGCGAAAAAACACUCGACCCGACCCGAAAACCCCUCAAAAUUUACUAGGCGCGGCUCUGCGACUUCACCCCGCAUGGUAAUGUCCUCUUUUAGGGCAUUCAGAAUAUGGUCACCCUAUUCUUACAGAUAAUGUCACAGUGUCUUCAUGGUUUCAGCUGGAGGCAAAAAGAAGAAAAAUUGGAGGCAAACAGGUUCAGUUCAGGUUCAGGUCACUUUAUUAAUACCCAAAGGUAGAUUUGUUCUGCAGUGAAAUAAAGUGAUGAUGUCCAUUUAUACAGGUUACUGUAUAAGAAUAAAUAACGGUAAUUCUCCAAACCAUGAACGAUUUCAUUCCAAGUGGAAGGACUGGUUUUGGGCAAUCAUAACUAAAGUCUGCAAAGUGUGGAAAAGUAUGGAUUUCCAGGUCUCAAAAAGUGUGGUAAAUGAAAAAAAAAGGAUGGAAAAAUAUUCAGGUUUCCAGACUAUUACCUCAGUAAAAAAAAAAAAAAAACUGUUUUCUAAAAUAGAAAAGUCGGUAUUUCCAAAAAUAAUUCUGAAAAGUAGGGUAUAGAAAGGUAUGGAAAUUCCAACUGUGUAGGAACCCUAAUAGAUGGAUGAGAUUAUCUAUGAAAGAGUUGGAAUUACACUAUAAUAAGAAACUGGGGGAAACAUUUGAGGGAGUGAAUCAGAAAAUACAAACAGACCAAGUCAUCUGUGAGUAAACCGACACAUGCAUUUGCACACAUGCUUGAAUUAAAACUUAAAAAUACUCGUAGCGGCUCCUUUAAACAUACAGAAUAAACUCUGAUCAUUACAUGAGUGUGAUGAUCAAUAGCGGUGCACAAACACUGCAAAGGGACGAUGUGAAUGCUGCGUCCAUGUGGAGACAGUUGCUGGUUUCUCUUUUAUUAAAACCUUCCUGCUCUGAUAGAAAUAAAUCUGCUGCCUCAAUUUCUACGUUGGAAGUGGAUUCGCUCGGCGGUUGGCUUUAUUGAUGCCGUGACUCUCUGUAUGGAACCUUUGAUCUGCACUUAUUUCACUCACAGAAUGCUUUACAUUCGACAUCAAUGCACAGAUCUGGAGGGCAGAUAUGUACGGGAUUCAUCCACACACUCCAGGUGGAUUGUCGCUCAUAAAGGAAGCGCUGUGUACUAAAUGAGACACACGCUCUUCGUUUUGCCAUGUGAUAGAGCUACAUAUCAACGAGAACUGAUGCUGUGUUCAAACUAGUAUGUCUUAUUCAUCUAAAAGUAAGAUAUCUGCAGCAAAGCAGGCCGAGAGCUGGAGAAUCAGAUGGUGUGUGUUAGUAAAGCAGAGGGACAAAGCGAGCACAGACCAGGGGAGAGUCUCUUUGUCCUUGUGAGCUCUUCUCUGAUCUGACUUCAUGUCUUAGUCCGCUCAGGACCUCGUUGUCCUCUUUUAGCACAACCUCUCAACUGUCCACUAACUCCCAGACCAAAAUAUCCCAGCGAUAAAUAUGUCAUCCUAAGUACUCGAUACUUUACCAACAAGUGUCAAAGUAAGUACAGUGCACUUACGCUUAAAUCCUUUAUAUAGUGUCCUGAUAUAGCAUCCUGCGGUUUUAGAGUGAGAGGUCUUUGUUGAGGACUGCCUCAGGUGGUUUAAUACAGGGCUCAGGUUACAACAGGUUAAUGCGAAUAACCACAGAGAACAAAACAAGACGGAGAAUCUGACUCUGCUCGGAUUUAUCAGCCCAUUAAUCAGACGUCUGCUUUCACAGCGAAACUGCAUCAUCCGACCGUUAGAAAGACUCUGACCUGAUUUAUUCCCUGAAAUCCUCCUCUUCUAUUUCUGUAUCCUUCUUAAAACAUUACAGAGUUUUCAUGUUAAUAAUCACCUUUUGCGCUUUCAGACUCUCAAGGACGCCAACGAGUCGACCCGGCAGGACUUCCAGAGGGAGGCGGAGCUCCUGACGGUGCUCCAGCAUCAGCACAUUGUUCGAUUCUACGGCGUCUGUACCGACGGAGAGCCGCUGGCCAUGGUGUUUGAGUACAUGAGGCACGGAGACCUGAACCGAUUCCUCAGGUAUGAAGCUUAAUCUGCUGCAGGAGGGUCACAGUUUCCACCAAACACCUGUGUGUGUUUUAGUUUUGUAAUGAAGCUGUAGGGGUGCGACAGAACUAAAGACUUCUUUACUUUGCUGCUAAAAACCUGUUCAUGCUGCUCAUACUCGAUUUUACUUACAUUGUUACCCCCAAUUUUCACCGCAUCCGGAAUAGCAGCGAUUUUGAGCCGUCUGCCAAUUCCUACUGGAUCUGUUUGUGACAGAAGGAAUCGUGAGAACUCGCAAGAACCCGCCGAUUCAUGAUCAAUCGCGCGAUAACAAGUUGUCUCUAUAAAGACAAACAAAAGCAGUAGAUCGGGUCCUUCCUGAGGAGAAAAUCCACUUUUAGACUCCCAGAGUCUCCUCAUCCAUGGUGUCAUCAGGGUGGAAUGACGUCUGAAAACCUUUCACUUGUUCGUCCCCGCCCACGUUUGGAUGGCGUGAAAUAUAAGUGUUUUAUUUUGAAAAGAAGCCGGAUGUUUUAUUUUGUGUCUGUGCCCGACUUCCUGUCCAGCACGGGUUCAUCUGUGCUGAAUUUAUCCGCCAUGCUCCGGCGUCUGGAAAAAAUAGAACUCUUGCGAUCAGCUGAGGAGUUCGGCGAUCCGCAGAUGAACGGAAAGAAGUCGGUGGAAAUUGACACGUUAAUAUGAAUGGUUACGAUCAGCUGCUCCUGGAGGUACCGAGGUCCAAACGGAAGCUCAGAGGGGAUAGAUCUUUUUCUGUUGCAGCCCCAAAUUUAUGGAACGAGCUACCCCUCCAAAUUAGACAAGCCCCCACACUGUCCAUUUUUAAAACUCAUCUUAAAACCCAUUUUUAUUCAUUGGCUUUUAACCCUGCAUGAGACUCGGCUCCUGUUUUAGUGUUCUAUGGUUUGUUUUUAGUUAUUUGUUUCUAUGUUUUUAAAUUAGUUUUUAAAAAGCUAAAUUAGCUACAUUUUACUUUUAAUUCUGCUUUUAUUUUAUUUUGUUUUCUGAUUGUUUUUUAUCUUGUUGUUUGUCUAGUUAUGUACAGCACUUUGUUCAGCUGUGGUUGUUUUAAAGUGCUGUACACAUAAAGUUGAGUUGAGUUGAGUUGAGCCACGAUCGGUGGAUACGACCUUUUCGUAGUCGUUUCAGAUGUGGUGGAAGUUGAGGGUAACACUCUUUUGGAAAGGACAACUGGACUUAAUUGAGACGUUUCGCCUUAGCCUAAGUCAUGACCUACAUGACUUAAUUAUUGGGCCACAAAAUGUUCAUCACUAACAAUCAGUCCAUCAACCCGUUAGGACCAGAGUUCUCUGUCACCGUCUGAGUUAACCCUUUCCUGCCUCGCACCGAGAAGAGCCGUGUGCUUCUUUUCCACAAGAUCAGCGUCAGGUAUUUGUGUUUUUCAGCAGACAGAAACGGAGUCGUAUUUACUGAUAAACUGUUAAAACCUCUGAUAGAGCGGUGAGUGAAGAUCGUUCUCCGCCGCCUCGCUGAGCCUCGGCGAUGCGGAGGUCAAACCACAUCUUUACUGAGAGGUUAAACACACUCUUGAACCCAGCGGUCACCGUGUGUAUCUGUGGGUUUUGUGUGUUUAAGUAGAGGUGUGAAAAGGUCGUACCGCCACAAAACCUCCAGGAAAACUUUGGAUAACAGCAACAAUGGCGGUGUAGGAGACGGUUCAAAGGAGAUGAAUGGGUUAGUCAAGACGCUUUCAGUGAGGAGAUGGACGUAAAUCUCAGACGCAUGAUAAACAGAGAGAAACAGAAACGGUUUGUUGAGGUUAAAGCACCAAAGAGAUGGGUUAGGAGUCAAGAAAAUACUUUUUAAUUCAACUUAUUCAAAAGAAAACAUGAUACAGUCUUUAAAUUUUUUAUUUCGUGGUUUAAAACUCCAAAAACACGAGAACAACAACAGAUGAUGGUAAAAUAUCUGCAGCCAGAGAGAGAAAGAGAGAGCGCCGUUUGUGCAGAAUGACUUCUUCUGUGUUUUGUUUCACUGAACUUCUGCAGCCUGUUUGGUGCAGAUCCUCCUUAGACCAGCUUUCAGGACUCUCAACCACUCUACUUAAAUUAGAGGUCUAUCAGGUACUCUGCAUUUAACUGGUUUCAUUCUUCCUAGUCUCAGCAAUCACCUGUGGUGUACAGCAAGGUUCAGUUCGAGGCCUGACUUUUAUUUUAUUUAAAUGCUGCCCCCCUCGCCAAAUAAUCCAGUCGUCUUUCGUUGCUAUGCAGACGACACACUGAUAUACCUUCCCCUGAGACCUGAGGACCCUGGAGGCCCAGCUGCAGUCAAAAACUGUCUCAGUGAUAAACUAUAUGCUUAAGGUCCCUCUCUGAUCAUUCUUUUUUCUACUUGAAGUGUUCUCAGUGGUCUUUAAAUUGUGAUUAUGAAGUUUUUCACCAAAAUCACAUUACCUGGGUCAUUUUGAAAGGCUUUUCUUCUGCAGAGCUCCAGUAGAUCAUUAGCAGUUCUCUGAGUCAUGAGCGGAGACAGCGCUGCUCUGCUCACUGGUUUUCACGCUAGCUUGCAGCCUAAAAUUGCCUGUGCAGUAGAAGUGGCAGGUAACAUAGGAGAUAUUCAGCUAUCGGACACUAAUGACUUUGUGGACAUGAUGAAUGUUAAUAUCAUAAUUAUCUUUCUUACGAGCAUUACAAUCUGCUAACGCACACACUUGUUCUGUGAUCGUCCUCUCUACUUCUCCAAGUCUGGCCUGCAGAGCGGGGCUACGGGGGCGGAGCUUUGAUCAGUAACGUCGGAAAUCUCACUGUUUCCGAACCUGCCGUUUGGGUCUGCCAGAGAUUCACCGAGAUUUUAAUAAAGAAAUACUCAGAAAAGCAAUUUCUCAUUUAGUUUUCUCAUGAUAUGUCCUGUAGCAUCAGAAAAAUGCCGUUUGAACACAAAGACAACAAGAAAAACAUGAUUUUCAUCAGAGUGGGUCUUAAACUGAAGACCCACAGAUAGAAAUUUGGACGAUUUGCUUUUAGUUUCUUUAGGUAUCUUCUUUUACUGUUUGGCUGAAUCUUUCAUGGGUUUUUGUUUUUCAUACACUUUCUAAAUCCCUGUUUUUAUAUAAUAAUUACGAUCAGUGCAGCCCUGGUCAAGUGGGAUUACUUUAAUAUGAGCUUAGUCUCUUUUCUAGUGCUCUUAGACUUUCUCUGUCUCGGUACUUUGUUCAGACCAACAUUUUCAGGUCCCCAGAGGAACAUUUUUUGUUGCCAUGGCAAAGAAAAAAUACAUUAAUAUGAUUUAUUUUUUACUUUCUGCUCUCUGUGAUGCAUCUUAAACAUCCACCGUACAAAAGUCGCUCCAUUCCCCCCUAAAAAGUCUAUAAUUUGCUGACUGUAUUUAUUAUUUCCCUCUCUUCUCUGUGUGUAUCAUCCUUUCGCCAAAGUCGGCUGAAUGCACCGCUGUAUGGAGUCCCUUUUCCUCAUAAACUAAUAAACAGAGUCUCACAGAGCGUGUCAAGGCUCAUGGCGAAUAUCUUAUUUACACAAUGUCCUCAUUUAAUGAAAGCAGAGAGACUCACAUCCAAAUAAUGCAGAUUUUUGAUUCGAAUACCUGUGGACGCAGCAGAUAGCUUAGCCUUGACGCAGAUCCACGCUGAAUGAAACUGAUCUGAAUCCAGAGCACAUGAUGCAGGAAAUCGGCUCAUCAUAAACAUAAAAUGACUUAAAGUCGUAAUCUGACGUUAGAGAGCGAACAAAGAGGACGGAGUUGACCUACUAAAGCUCACUCAGCACCUGGGAAACCAUCUGACAGACUCUCAGAGCAGACGCCGCUGAUGCUGUCUGCCAGGUGUCCUCCACGGGAGACAGAUUGGGGAUGAAAACACACACAAGCAAACAUACACACACCCACUCUGCCUGAGAUAUAUGUCCAGCGAUGGAUGGAAAAUCGCAUUUCCAGCAGACAGGACGGGGAGAGACGUCUGAGGGCCCCCACAAUGCAGCUGCUAUCCCACCCUGCCACCUGCCUGCUAAACUAAUAGUGAUUACAGAGUCAACUUCCUUUGUAAGGAGUGCAGAGGAGAGAUAUUAGGAUGGAUGGAGACACAUCAGCUGUGAUUUGCUCAUUUAGGCCGCAGUGAGACGUGUGAGUGGGUGUUUAUAAUCCUCGAAACCAACUGAGAGUCAAUUUGCUCUGCAUCUCCCAAUCACAUUAUCGCGAAUCAAUUGUAGGCGAAUAACAAGCCCCAUGUUUCUAUUUGCUGUUAAGUGGCUUUAUUACGGCGUGGUCGAGAGCUCGUAUAUGUCAGAAGUGUUCACUCGGCAGAUUGCACGCUGAGGUCAUUGCCCUUCAGGUCACCCGAGGCUGAUCCUGGAGUUAUCAAGAUACCGGGGGUGAGAUUAUUAACCCGAUCAGCCAAUGAGAUCAGAGGAGGAGAGCAGAGAGCGGCAUGUCCUGUUUCUUACAAAUAAAGACGUUUGUGGUCAAACAGACGACGUAACCCUCUAAAGAGGUCAGGAGCUCGGCCCAGAAACCAGUUCAGUCCCAAAAACACCUGAAAAAACACACACAAGGGAAAUACUCAUAGUUUAAUAUUCCAGUUUUUCAUCUCAUGACCAUCUUGGCCAUAAAUUCUCAUGAUCGUGAGAUUGUUGUGAUAUUUAUAGAAAACUCAGCGAAUGAUUGUUUGUCGUGCUUUUAUUUUAUCUUACAUUCAGGUAGUUUUAUGGUAAAAUUAUGCUUUAAUUUUGAAGUACGCUACAAAACUCAAUACUGAAUAAAAACGGUUUAACAAACGGUUUGAAAGUAUAAAUAUAUCCCAAAUUAGUAACCUGGAGAGACACGAGCUCUUGUGGUGGUUUUGGACUCACAAUAAUUGUAUUUUUAUCUCACUGUACAACUUUGGAAACUUUGUGUUUGCUUAAACCAUACUCCGCCCUCAGCCCCGUCUUUUGUCUGUCCAAUCAGGAAGUGUCACCCAGCAGACAGAUAAGAAAAGAGAAAUUAAUUCACACAAACAAUGUAAACUAAACGUGUUCAUCCAGAAAACUAAGUGUUUCUAAAGUUCUAAUAAACCAGUUUUAAACAAGACAAACUAUAAGUGUUGUAUGUAAUUUAAGUAACUGAAUAUGUGGUCAUGGUGUUUGUGACUGUGGACCCGACCAUCACAUUUAUCAUCUCAUUUAUCAUGAGCAGGAAAAGGGAAUCAAACCUGGACCGCCUACAUAUGUGGGCCAAGAGUCAUUUCCUGUCUAGUUCAUUAUGAACCCUCCAGAUCCUUGAACGGACUUUAACUGAGUUUCUUUUUUUGGGGGUUGAUUUUCAAAGUUGUUUCCUCGUACUCUCUUAAGAGUCUCUCAGAAACGGGGAUUAAAAUCCAGCAGCUUUCACUCAAACACACUCCUGUUUUUCCUUCGUGUGUGUGUGUGUGUGUGUGUGUGUGUGUGUGUGUGUGUGUGUGUGUGUGUGUGUGUGUGUGUGUGUCACCUGUAGAGCUCACGGCCCGGACGCUCGUAUCCUGGAGGAGACCAAGAUGCCUCCUCUGGGUCAGCUCACGCUGCCUCAGAUGCUGCACAUCGCCGCACAGAUCGCCUCGGGGAUGGUCUACCUGGCGUCCCUGCACUUCGUCCACCGUGACCUGGCGACCCGGAACUGUCUUGUGGGGGAGGGGCUGGUGGUCAAAAUCGGGGACUUUGGCAUGUCCAGAGAUAUCUACAGCACAGAUUACUAUCGGGUAAGAAAGUUGAAGAAAAGCAACAAAUGAACUACAGUUUAAGACCGAGUGUGGACUGUACAAGGUCGUGAGACUGGGAGAAAUGAGCUUCAUAGACCGGGUUUAGAGCUCGAUCAGUUCUGCUGUUAUAGUUUAGUUUAGCUUUGGAGUUUUGAGCUGUAACCACUCCACGGGGUCAAAUGUGUGAACUUGUGGUGAAUUUUCAAGAUGGAGUCAGAGGCAAAUCUACGAGUUUGUUUGCUGCAAAACAAAGACAUUCAAACUUUCAGCUGGACAUGAAGUUAGUUCAUGUUGUUUCUUUGAGUUCAACACGAGUCAUUUAAGCUGCGUUCCAGUUAUCUUGGAAGUCGGAUGUUGGAGCUGAGAAUGACGUCACACCCGAGUUGACGGCGUUCCAGUUAACAAGUCAGAAAACCAAGAUGGACGCCUACUGUUAGCCAUUGUUAGCAGUCGUUACUUGUUGUUAGCUAUACCAGUUGUAAAAAACGCUAUAUUUUAUUUUACUCUACAAACAUCAUAGCACCGUGUUCGCAGUUAGACGUUGGGCAGUACAACAUAUACUAGAGUGACCAUACAACGUCUUUUAUCUGAACAUGUCCUCUUUUUGGGGGCUGUCAGGGUUUGUCUGAGGAAGUUUAUAUAAUCCUUCAAAUGUCUGCAGUUUUGUACUUAAGUUUUAAGUUUGUGUCACGUGGACUUACUGAGUUAAAGGUGCGUAAAAGACACUCGAUCCGACCCGAAAAACUCAAAAUUAACUUUGUGCGACUCUAUGACUCCGCCCCGCGUAGUUGUGUCCUCUUUUCAGGAAGUCAGAAUAUGGUCACCCUACAUAUACGACUGAUCUAAUUUCACAAAAACAAAACAGAAGUGCUGAUAAAUAAAACAUUACAAGAGCUUUCACUGUUACGCUUUACUGUUGAUGCACUGCGCUGCCAUCUUGGAUUAUGACGUUGUCGUCAAGUCGGGGUUGGUGAAGAUCGUACGACUUUCCGAGUCGGAAAUCCAACUUCAGGGGGGCGUUCUAGAUGAAUUUCCAACUCUGAGCUCCCGACUUCCGAGGACAACUAGAACACAGCAUAAGUGAGUGUCUGACUUUUUAAUUGGAUCGUGAACAAAUUUUCAUUAAAAAUUAGAUUCUCGUUUGCAAAGUUUGGUGUUUGAUUAUGAGAGUCAAAGAGGAUUGUGUGGCGUUUGCAGCAUUUUAACUUCUCUUCGACACCAGAGGUUGUUGAUUUGAAAUAAGUAAGAAAAGCAGCAGAGUUACACACCAGGACUUCAGGGCAUCAGUGUCUUUUUGUGAAACAGGCGGGAACAAGCGAUCCAAAAAUGGGAUACUUAAAUCCGCGGGGGUCUGAGACGUCUUGUAAGUUUGACAAACUUGAAAAAGGAACAUUUUUGCAGAGAGAGGAUGCUCUAACUCAACUUCAUCUCAUUUUUGAAAGCUGCUCUCCAAGUUUGUGAUGUUUGAACCAGUAAAGAUCACAUGGAGAAAUCAAUGUGAGCUGUGAGAAGCCAUUGAGGCAGAAAGCGCUGUUUGCCUUUGGUUUGUUUUGUUAGCGGGAGGCUUUGAAAGAAGACGGAGCUGCCGAACUUUUCAGAGCGCUUUAAGGACUCUUGACAAACUCCUCGGCUGAUAUUGUAAGAGGGCUGAGCCACACUUCCAUUCAGAGGGCUGUUGUUGUUGUCGUCGUCGUCGUUGUUGUUGCUGAGAUAGUCUGCCGUCUCUUGAUUUUUAUCGGUCAGAGAGGAGAAGUUGGAGAGUCUGAUAUCAGUGUUUUAUUAUUAGGAGAGUUUUUCAGUGUUUUUUACAUACUGUGGAGACUUUUUGUCGCUUUAACAGAAAAUUAUUGAUUAUUUUUUUGCACAGUGAGGACUCAGAGAUGCUCAAAACUGGAGUCGAUAUUCCUCCAUGUGUCUUGUAAUCUUUUGUCUUACUGUUAGGAUUUUAGGAGGUUAGUAACAGUAUUAGAUCAUGAAUCACAACCUUUGCUCCUUCACUGUGUGAGCGACAUAUUCUGUUUUCAACCUAACAAAUGAAAAGUGGUGCACUUCACGCUCAUUUCAUUUUUAUUACUGCACAGAUUUCCUCUUUGGUAGAAGAGUUAACAAUAAAACAUUCAUUCCUUCGUUUUACCUUUAACAUUUUCGUGUUUCAUUCUCCGUUUUUUCAGCUAAAAUCGAUGAAGCACUCCUCUGAGAGGUCUUUAAUUUAUCAGAACAGGUCAAGUAGAAAACAGAAGCUGAAUUCUUUUCUUUUUGUCCAGUUGAAUUAAAGAACAAACUGAAUUGAGGCAUUUUCAGAUUAUAAAGCCCAUAUUGUUGUGUUGUCUCUCCCUCGCAUUGAUUCGGAGCAGCUCUUCAGGUUAGUCAUGGGUGGUUCAAGGAUGAGGGGAGGUCUGCAGUAUUAGUCAGUAAAUAAUUAAGGUAUUAACAAAGCUAAAUGUUUUACCGUCGACCUCAAAACUCGUUAUGUAAUACAGAUUUCUUUCUUUGUGUUCGCCCGCGUUCAUUUCCUCGUCUUUGUGCUCAGGUGGGCGGACGUACGAUGCUGCCGAUCCGCUGGAUGCCGCCGGAGAGCAUCAUGUACAGGAAGUUCACCACAGAGAGCGACAUCUGGAGCUUCGGCGUGGUCCUCUGGGAGAUCUUCACCUACGGCAAACAGCCCUGGUACCAGCUGUCCAACAGUGAGGUGGGUCAGAGGUCAAACCUGAACUGCCUCUGAUAACUUUUGGGACUUGAGUGAAUCACACAGCUUCUACUUUAACACGGAGAGGGUAGUGUUGGGCGGUAUGAACAAAAUCUUAUAUCAUGGUCUGAGUAAUUUCAUAUCACGGUAACAGUUUAUAUCACAGUAUGUUUUUCCUCCUGUAAAUUCAAUUAAUGUCUUAAAAAUCACCAGACUGUCGCGUUUGUUUUAAACUCUGAUUUGUAAACAAAUGCAAACAAAAUCUCAGACCAGUCUGGUGAUUAUUUAUCAUAUGGCGUAACUUUGGGGAAAGACUCUGUCGAGCUCUUUUAUAUGAGAGGAGCUGCUGCAGGUUUAGUUUUUGGUGCAGCAGGUGAGACACGCAUCUUUUUGCUCUCAUAGUAGAGUUUGGCAUGUUUCAUUUUUAGGUGGUGGAAGAGGUUGUUGGUGUUUCCUCCUCCAGCAAUGACAGCCACACGACACUCUUUGCAUAGUUUUUUUUUUUUUUGAUCAUUGUUGGAUUUUCUAAAUCUGAAGAAUCUUCAGACAACCAAUGUUGUGACUCGCGCCCUUUUUUGGAAGGAGUUCCUUUUCUCAUGUUGGGUGGGUCAGGAUGCCUCCGUUUGCUCAGUACUGCCACUAAUCUCCACCAUGACCACCACCAGUGAAGCUGCUUCUUCUUCGUCGAAACUAUGCCAAGCAGUGUGUUGGACACGCUGGUGAAUAUACUGAAACAAACCCAAACGUUUGUGCUCCGGCUUUCUCGUCAGCGAGCGUAGACAACUCCACACUGACUCAGAGAGACGCAGCAGACAUCUGCUCUCUCUUCUCUCUCUUUGGUAUAAACAGUAGAGCAAAAUUUCUACCUGUAGACACUUUUAUUCCGUCACACAGAAUAUACCGUCAUACCGCCCAACACUAGUAAAGAACAAAAUAAAGACUGCUUUAUUCAUGUUUGAUGCAAACCAAAAAUUCCUGACAGAGUAUUGAGUUACAUACUGUAGAAUCUACAGGAAAUACCAUACUUUUUUAAAUUUUCAAAAUAAAAGCACGGUUUCUUAUUACAGGCUGUGUGUAAGUAAAGCAGAGGGACAGAGUGAGCUUAGAGUGUGAAUGUCAGGGCAGAGUUUAUAUCUCACUCGGUUUUAAUAACAAAAAAAUAAUCACCAAAAAUUACCCUUAAAUCAAUAACUAGUUGUGAUUUUAAGUACCAAUCUUAGUAAUCAUAAUUAUUUUGACCGUAACUGUGCAGCUCUAAUCAGGAACAAGGUUGUUUAUAAACUGUGAUUUUAAAGACCCGGUUUGAGGGUGGUAGGUGCAAGACCAGAAAAUUGGCGACAAGCUGAAGAAAAAAUCUUUGUUUGUUUCAUUUUCAAUUUUAAAAGAAAGCAACAGAAAAGCUUUAGAGAAAGUUCUACAAAUAGAAAGUUGCUCAUCGAGGCUUUAAAUGGUCCAACUUCAAACUGUGAAAGUGCAAAAACCCUAAACCUGCAGUCCAAAACAUGAUCCUCGCAGGUUUUAGAGAAAAGCUUUUGCCGCUGAAGUUUUCCAGCCUCUGCACUCUUCAACUAAUCAAUAAAUUCAUAGUAAUUAAGGCCGGGGCAGUCUAGCCUUUUGAGCUCCAGCACCAAGAAGUGGGACUCCAUCGUGACCACAGCGAUGCUAUUAAAGGCCCAAACCCUCUCUCCUUUCCACAGAAGGGUAGAUCACUUUUCUCACCCACUCAAUUCUAAUCUAAUUGGCUCUCAUUUUUGCCCCGGGCCAAUGAGCUUUAACCUCGUUAAUCUAAUCUGUCUUGACCAAUGAGGGGCAGGUGAAAUUAUCAUGUUGCCUAAACACGCCAUGGCGGAGAUAAAUCAUCCCAAAAUACUGACAGGCGGCUGGUUGGAGUGUUUUUCUGUGGAGUGACGGGCCUUUUUGGUGUGCAGUCUCUCAGCACCGUCAGACCUUUUCUGUCUGCUGGAUGAGGUCAAGGUUAACAGCGGGAAAGAGACCGAGUCAGUCACUCUUCAUGAGGAGAGCGGAGUGAAAUCCUCUCUCAUCAUCGACAGGGGUUCAUUCACCGAGCCGAGAGAGUGUGUGAACUCAAUCAGUCAAAGUAGCUAUUAGAGUCGGAGCUGGAGGCCAUUCAGAUUUUAGCUGCUCUUAAGGUCUGUGCUGAUGGAGGCCAUCUUUAAAUCUGUAUAAAAUAAGACCGCAGCAAUAAAAACUAACGAGUUAAUUCAGGUUUUGUUGUCCUUGUUGGAGCGUUUACAGGAUUUCCCAGGGUGCAUUUUAACACUCUCAGUGUGAGGUCUAGUUUUUGAGAGUCUCAACGCUUUCUUAGAAAACUGGUAAUAAAAAUAUCUGGCAGCAUCUCUUUCCUGUAAAUAUGUUUGUGAUUGUCACUUUCGAAUUCUAAAAGAUGAAACUGGGAGUGAGAGAAAACUAGCGACUGUGUUGACCCAGAUAUAAAAACAGGAUUUUUCUGUCACAUACACCCGAAAAUGUGGGAAUAAUUAGCCUCCGCAGCAUUUUGAAGGUAAUAUGGUAAGUCUGUAUUAAUGUUGGGUUUACUGGAAGGACAUCCAGGGGGCAAUUUGAGCCAUGAAAUUUACUGCAAAGGCAUCCAGAGGUCACUUUUAUCACAUAUUUAUACUGGGAGGACAGAGGGCAGUUUGAGCCAUAAAAAUUACUGGAAGGACAUCCAGAGGCCACUAUUAUCACAUAGUUAUACUGGAAGGGCAUCCAGAGGGCACAUUUUAACAUAUUGCACCCUGGAAAUGCACCCAGAUGGAUCUUUUUCACAUUUUGACACUGGAAGGACAACCAGGUAUUUGUUAGGUUUUUUUUGUUUUUGUUUUUUUACUAUCAGAAGAGACGCUAGAGAAACCUGUUUAGUUUUAUAGUGCACUUUGACACAUUUAAUCAACUGGAAGGACAUCCAGAGAGCUUUUUUACUAUUAGGGGAUGUUCUAGGGGGGACUUUUUUAGUUUUAUGUACCUAAAGGAAAUCCAGAGGGAACUUUUAUCACAUAUAUACUGGAAGGGCAUGCAGAGGGCAGUUGUUCCCACAUUAAUAAUAUAGUGGUAGGAGAUUCAAUAGGCUUUUUUAAAUUUCAAACUCUGGAAGGACAUCCAGAAGAAACCUUUUUAACAUUUUAUCAAUGAAGGGCAUCCAGAGGUUAUUUUUGUGAUUGUUCUUUAGGAGGUUAUCUGUGUGGCACUUUUAUGUUUAAUCAACUAGAAGUGUUUUUGAAGUUAUACAUACUAAGAGGCCAUAUAGGGGGCACUCCUUCACCAAUUCAUGUUCUUGAAGAGUAUCCAGAGGUCACAUUUUUACUAUAAAGAAAAGACAUCCUUAUAGUAAUAUUUAAUGGUUCAUCCACUUGAAAAGUAUCCAGAGAUAACAGUUUUUUUUUUUUUUUUUUGCAUGGAAGGGCAACUAGAGGCACAUAUUUAGCAUUUUUUCCCCAUUUUGUAUCCUAGUAGGGCGUCCAGAAAAAAAAACUUUCACAUUAAAUGCACUGUGAGUGUAUACAGGUGUCUUAUUUAAUCAACUGGAAGGGUGUCUAUGAAGCACUUUCUGAGAUUUGUAUCCUUGGAAGGACAUCCAGAAGGUGAAUUUAACAUUUUUUAUAAACUGGAAAAACAUCCAGGGGGCAUUUUUUAGGGUUCACAUCCUGCAAAGACCUCCAGAAUACACUUUACCACAUCACAUGUUGCAUUUUAAAGGUCAGUGCUUUAGUGAAGGUGAACAAAGUGCGACAAGAGAUUUUAAAAACUGUGAUUUUGAAUAUUUGAGUGAGAGUUUAGAACUUUGGAGUCAACAAUAAUAAUAAUCAAUAAACAAUAAUCACAUUUGAGCAGGUAUGUUGUGAAAGUUUCAUUUGUAGAGGUUUUGUUGCAGCAGCUUCUUCUUCAUCUAAAGGAUUUUUGGAAACCUUUAAAAAGGUGAAAAUCUUUUUUGUUGUAAAAUACAGAACCGAGUUUUUAAGAAUAGAAAAACAAAGAAAAGUUUAAUAAAAAAAAGUUCCUCCAAAGACCAUGAAUACAACAGGGACGAGAAAGUUUCUGCAAAGAGACUUUUUUUUUUGUUCAAUUAAGACCCACAAAAGGAAAAGUGUCUUUUGUACAGAGAACUGAAACACCAGAAACAGAGAGAUCAGAACCUGGACCGUGAGACUUAUUUAGCGCCAAGAAACCUUGAACCGUUUCUUGAUUUAAUGACAGAGGGGAACUUUCUACACAUUCUCUCAAUCUUUCAUAUUAAGGUGGUCAAGACAAGAGGAGGAAAUGUUGGUCGGUCAGGUGUGAGUGAAUGAAUCUCUGAAUAAUUAUCAUGAAAUCACUUGUGCUGUAAGCUGUAGGUUAGAGAGUCUCUGACAGAAUCGUGGACUCCUUUGUCAGAUGACUAAAGAAAAGACUGAGCUCAGGGUCAACUUGAUUAGAAAAUACUGAGAGCAGAUUAGAUCAAACCUUGAGAACUAGUCGUUUAAGAUUUCUGAAAAAGUUUCUGAAAACUUUGAUCUAAGAAAUUCAGGGUUUUUCUGAUCUGAGAAAAGCACGGCUGGAAUGAAAGAAAGAUAAACUAUAAAAGACAUUUUCACAUGCGGAGUUUAGACUUCAGACUUGUUUUCAUUUUGCACUUGAAUUGCUAAUUUGCCUCAGUAAGUGGUCAUUUACUGAGGCGUAUCAAGGAGUCAGAGUGGUUUCAGACACGAAAAUAAAACAAACAGAAAUAAUCAGUUUCUUUGUUGAUGGUCAUAAAGAGGCUUCAGUAUUUAAUUUACAACUUUUAAAAUCACUCAUAGAAGCUCUAAACAAAAGCAACUGUGCACAACUUUCAGUUUGUGUGAAAUCUGGCGCCCCCUGUGGACAAAGUAUGUAUUAUUUUUAAAAGUUUUUAUUCUGAUCAGGUUAAUUAAACUCAGUUUUUUCUUCUUGUUUCUCUUUUGUUUAAAUAUACAUAUCUUCAUAAAUGUUUGUUUCUGUUUUGCUUGUUUUGUUUGUGAUAAAUUGAGCCUCAGUUUUGAUUUUUUCUCAUAAUUUCUCUUUAUUUUCUUGGAAUCGUUGAAUAAAAAUACUCACUUAAACCUGUUAAUACAUUAUUCUAAAUUCCCUCCUGUAGGCCAUUGAAUGCAUCACUCAGGGUCGGGAGCUGGAGAGGCCUCGCACCUGUCCUAAAGAGGUCUACCUGCUGAUGCAGGGCUGCUGGCAGAGAGAGCCUCAGCAGAGGAUGGUCAUCAAAGACAUCCACAGCCGUCUGCUCUCUCUGGUCAAGAACCCGCCGGUUUACCUGGACAUCCUGGGCUGA